AUGGCAAGCAACAUCCGCCCAGCCUGCCAUCAUCCCCUCGAUGUCAUCGGCAACACCCCCCUCCUGCGCCUCGGCAAGGUCGUCCCCCAGGACAGCUGCGCCGACAUCUACAUCAAGCUCGAGUACAUGAACCCCACCGCCUCCUACAAGGACCGCCUCGCCCGCGCCCUCGUCGAGCAGGCCGAGCAGGACGGUCGUCUCACGCCAGGCAUGAAGAUUGUCGAGGCCACGGGCGGCAGCACCGGCUCGUCGCUCGCCUACGUCUGCGCCCUCAAGGGAUACCCCUUUCGCGCCGUCUGCUCGCCCGUCUUCGCGCCCGAAAAGCUGCGCACCAUGGCCGCCCUGGGCGCCGAGCUGGAUCUCGUCGAGAGCCCGACGGGCAAGAUCACGCCGGAUUUUUUCCGGUCCCUCGUCGACCGUGCCAGCGAGACGGCCGACAGGGAGGGCUGGCUGCUGGCGAACCAGUUUAGGAACAAGGAUGCCCUCGUCGGCUACCGCGCGCUCGGGGAGGAACUCGUCGCGCAGCUGCCGCAGGGGAUCGAUGCGUUCUGCGCGGCUGUGGGCGGCGCGGGUAUGGCCAUGGGCGUGGCGGCCGUGCUGAAGGAGAAGAAGAAGGAUACCAAGGUUGUCGUGCUCGAGCCUGCCAGCUCACCUCUCCUGACAGAGGGGAGGACGGGUGCCCACAGUGUGGAUGGUGUCGGUCCUGGCUUUAUCCCCCCGCUGCUGGACGACACGCUAUACGACGAGGCGCGUGCCGUCGAGGAGGAGGAGGGGCGGCGCAUGUGUCGGCGGCUGGCUGCGGAGGAGGGCGUCUUUGCCGGCGUAUCGACGGGUCUGAAUGUCGUGGCGGCGAUCCAGCUGGCCAAGGAGCUCGGGCCAGGCAAGGUGGUUGUCACGGUGGCCUGCGACUCGGGCUUCAAGUAUCUCCACGGGCCGCUGUUUGCGUGA